AUGGCCAGCCAGGCAGACACCGAGGCCGUCUUCGCCCGCAUUGCCUUUGCCUACGAGGUUCUUGGCGACUCCCAGCGCAGGAAGCGCUAUGACCUCACCGGAGAGCUGCCACAAAAUGACACGGCUGCAGGCCGUUCUGCUCAAGAGACUUUCUUGAAAGAGUACAUGCAGACUGCUCCCAAGACUGCACGUGCAGCCACCCAGGCAGAUUAUUCCCUUCACAGCUUGGACAACUACGAGAUCCUGGAGGUCGAUGGAACGAACGUCCCGUCGUACAUGCGCGAAAUCGUUGCCCGUGGUCUGGGAUACCUGGCCGCCGUGGUCGAAGGCAUGGAAGACAAAGAUGUUGUUCUGCUUCGGCACUUUGUGAUGGAUCAGAUGUACGCCUUGUUGGCCUACACUCCGCCGUUGGAUGCUGGUGCAUUCGGCGGAGACCGUGGAUAUGUCAUCACUUACUACGACGCUCCGCUGCAGGCUGGCAUCCAGCCGUCUUGGUCAGACCAGAACGGACCCGCAGGUCGUUCUGGUGUGGCCAGCAGCUCAUUGGCGCAGCUUCGCGUCAUCGACGACCAAGCGGUCGAACGGCGCCGCCUCGCCGCUUUGGAAUGGAGCGGCAAGAACGGACCUCCGGACCUGGUGGCGCCUGUGCUCCACUGA